AUGCGCCAGAGGGGGAAUCCGGCCGGAGGAGACCGUGCCCCGGCCGCCGCUUCUGCCGCUCUUCACCGCCGCCUGCCCCAGUCCCGCUGUCGGGUCAGGAGGCACAGAUCCCAACCGCGGUCGCCUCCGCUCGGCUCCCUCCAGUCGUACUCGGGCAUCGCCUCUCCGUCUCCUGACCUUGUCCUCCGCGGGCCGAGCCCACCGCGGCGGCGCCCCGGGCCGGACCCGAGGCGGGCAGCGGGCAGUGCCGGCUGCGCUGGGCGCUCCGGAGGGGACCUGCGGCCGGGGACCUGCUGGGGGGGGAGGGGACCCGGCGCGCGGCCCCGCCUGCACCGCGGCUCGCGCCAACUGCCUGGGCUCGCAGCCCCGCGCGCCCGGGAGGGCGGGGACCAGCUGGAGCCCCGAGGUGGGCGCGCCCAAUGCGGGAGGGAGGGUUCGGGAAAGCGGACUCAGCCUCGCACAGCCAGGCCCGCGGCCGGCCGCCCCCCAGCAGCCCUUCCCUCCCCGGUGCCGCCAACCAGCCACCGGACCGGCGGCCGGUGCUCGCGGGGUGCGGGGCUGCCUCCCCGCCUCUCGCCGGCCCGCGCUCCCCCCACAGGCCCUGCGCGUGGUUUCGCCCCGCCUUCGCCGGGACCCGGGACUCCCCCGCGCGCGCCCACCCGGCCGGCCCGGGAGCGGAGGGGUGGCUGGCCCCCCAGGUGCGGUCCGCGUGCCCGCGGUGCCCUUGCCCGCCACGCGCGGGGGCCCCCACUCGCGCCACGCGCCUGCUGA